UUGUAGAAUGGCGGAUGGUGAUGGACCUUGGUAUGACGGAUUAAUCGAUGAGUGGGAUAAGGAGCAUCGUGCUCGUGCCAUUGAGAAUGGACAGGUUGUAGUUGCUAUGCGCAUGAGGGGUCAUUCCGCUGAUGACUUUGAUUACGACCCGCGGUAUGAGCCUUACAUUCGGAGAUUGGGUCUUCUCCCAUUCGUGUUGCAGUUUAAGCGACGCGCUCCGCCGGUGAACCACGCGGCGCUGACCGCACUUGUGGAUCGUUGGAGGCCAGAGACUCACUCGUUCCACCUUCCAUGUGGGGAGCUGACGAUGACCCUACAGGACAUGGCUAUGAUAAGCGGCCUUCCUAUCAACGGACAAGCUGUUACCGGUCGUGUCAGCGUGGGUAAUUGGCGAGAACGGACUGCCGAUUUAAUUGGCGUUCAGCCCGAGGACCCUCAGGAAGGCAAGGCCGAUACCGCAAAAGUGAGGCAUUCUUGGCUAAAACUGGUCAGAGGAAACACCAACCCGUGCCCUCAAGAUGCCAAUGACGUGGUUGUGCAGCAGUACGCGCGGGCCUAUCUUUGGUAUGUACUAACCAAGGUAGUCUUCUCAGAUGCAACUGGGAACUCAGCCCUCUGGAUGUUCUUGGAGCCACUUAAUAACUGGGAUACCCAGUAUAGCUGGGCUUGA